UAGAACUUUACUUUUUGUAGUGUUGUAUAUAUAAAAAACUUUGGUGGAUUCUAAAGUCUUACAAUUAUGAAUCUAAAAUGGAAUACUGCAAUAUUGGUGUGUCUUUGGUUAUUCAACAAUAACUUUAUUCAUGCAGGAAGCAAUUUUCGGAUUUUCGGUGGGAAGGAAGCCUCCAUAGAGGAUCAUCCAUGGAUAGUUUCACUUCAGAUCCCGUCUUUAGGUCACUCGUGCGGUGGGUCUCUGAUAAGUGAAGAAUGGGUAAUCACAGCUGCACAUUGUUUUAUGAAUGAGAGUUUACAGCCAGAGUCAAUAAUUGCUGGAACAUCUGAUCUGACUCACCCAGAUACUACCAUAAAAAUAGAAAAUGUAAUACUACACGAAAAAUUCAGACCAAAAAGGUUUUACGAUUAUGACAUAGCGGUUGUUAAGUUAGCAGAAAAAGUGACUUUCUCUGACAAGAUUCAGCCAAUAAAUUUACCAGAACAAGACGCUAAAGUACGAAUAUCUACAUCACUAACAGUUGCAGGCUGGGGAUUCACAAAGAUAUCUGGACCAGCAUCAGAUGUUUUAAUGGAAACCACUGUUAGGGUAACGAGACACUGUCCCUGUAUGAAAACCAUAAUUGCUGCUUUUGAUAGAAAAUCAGGAAUUUGUAGGGGCGAUUCAGGAGGACCUUUACAACUAAAUGGUACAUUAGUGGGUCUUGUGUCAGGCAGUCGGCACAUUUGUGAAAGUCCGUAUCCAGCAAUAUACACCAACGUUGCCUUGUUUCGUACAUGGAUAAAAGAAAAAACUGGUAUAUAAGUUAUAUCUAUUAAUAGUCACCAGAAUCAAAUGUUUAGCAAUUAUUAAAUGUUUGCUCUAAUGUUCACUGAAUUUAGAUUGUUAAUAUAUUCACCCAAUUAUUGUAAUUUAAAAAAUCUUUUAUAAAAAUAAAUCACCUGCACUAA